GUUUUAUAGAGUUCUUUUUUUGUAAGAGGUGCAUAUUGAUAAAAAUUAUGGCUGGAAUAAAAUCUGCUAAAAGUGCUUUACGUAAAAAAAUGAAAGAUAUUAUUACACAACUUAAUACUGAAGAGAAACAAAGACAAUCAAUGAAGGUAUUUGAUAAACUAUGUUCUCUACCACAGUUUCGAGAAAGCACAAGAAUUUCCUUAUAUCUAAGCACAAAAGAUGAAAUUGACACAAUUGAAAUAUUAAAAUAUAUAUUUGAAAGAAAAAAAGUCGUAUUCGUUCCUAGGUAUAAAGGAAAAGAAAUGGAAAUGGUUAAACUACUUUCAAUGCAAGAUUAUGAAACACUACCAUUAACCAAAUGGAAUAUUAAACAACCAAAUGUUAAUGAACUUAGAGAAAACGCAUUACAAACUGGAGGAUUAGAUUUAAUACUUAUACCAGGUGUUGCAUUUACUGCUAAUGGAAAACGUUUGGGACAUGGAAUGGGUUAUUAUGAUAAAUUUUUGGACUUAUGUUUAAAGAAACAACAAAAAAUACCGCACUUAAUUGCACUAGCAUUUAAUGAACAAAUAUGUGAAGAUAUUCCUACAUCUGAAAAUGAUAUACUUUUGGAUCUUGUACUUACAGAAAAAUAAUUUAUUAUGAGAAAAUUUACGUUUUGUAAUUCAUGUUCUUAAUUUAACUAUAUUUUCUAAUAAAUAAGUUAAAUAUAAAAAUAUAUUAACUAAUAUAAAUUGAUGAAAUUUGAUUUAACAAAAAGAAAAAUGAAUAACUUACCACUGAUAGACUUUUCCUCAAUAUCAACAUAAGUUACUUCAAAUUGCUGCUCUGAAGCAAUUUCUUGCAAGAACUGUACCAAAUUUACAUCACCAUCAUUCAAAUAUGCAU